CCCGUAAAACCCUACCUCCCUGCCCCUCUCUCCUCAAAACCCUACCUCCACUUCUCCCCCCGCGCGCCUCCAAAACCCUAGCUGAAAACCAGAGGGGAGAGGGAGGAGAAACCCUAGAAUUCCAACCUUCUCCUCGUCGAAGCCUGGCUCCGUCGGGCGAUGGCACUCUACCUCCUCUUUGAAUCGGCCUCCGGCUACUCCCUCUUCCACGCGUACGGCCUCGACGAGAUCGGCCAGAACACCGAGGCCGUCCGGAACUCGGUCCUCGACCUCACGCGUUUUGGCAAGGUGGUCAAGCUCGUCGCCUUCCACCCUUUCUCCUCCGCCCUCGAUGCCCUCAACCAAUGCAACGCCAUCUCCGAAGGGCUUAUGACCGAUGAGUUGAGGAACUUCUUGGAAAUCAACCUCCCGAAACCAAAAGAGGGGAAGAAGGUUAAGUUCAGCCUCGGCGUUGCAGAGCCUAAAGUUGGGUCUCAGAUCUUCGAAGUGACCAAGAUUCCUUGCCAGAGCAAUGAGUUUGUUCUCGAGCUCCUUCGUGGUGUCAGGUUGCACUUUGAUAGGUUCAUUAAAGACUUAAAGCCAUCAGACUUGGAGAAGGCUCAGCUGGGUUUGGGGCAUAGCUACAGCCGAGCUAAGGUCAAGUUCAAUGUUAAUCGGGUGGAUAACAUGGUUAUUCAAGCCAUCUUUCUCCUUGAUACCCUUGACAAGGAUAUUAACACCUUCUCCAUGAGAGUCAGAGAAUGGUACUCUUGGCAUUUUCCAGAGCUGGUAAAGAUCAUCGGUGAUAACUAUUUAUAUGCCAAAAUUGCAAAGUUUGUGGAGAACAAAUCAGAAUUGUGUGAGAUUCAUAUUCCUGCUUUAGCAGACAUAGUAGGUGACGAGGACAAAGCAAAAGAAAUUGUAGAAGCAGCUAAAGCAUCCAUGGGACAGGAUCUGUCUCCAAUUGAUUUGAUUAAUGUUCAGCAGUUUGCACAGAGAGUAAUGGAUCUCUCUGAGUAUAGGAAGAAGCUCUAUGAGUAUCUUGUCACAAAAAUGAAUGAUAUAGCACCAAAUCUCACAUCUCUGAUAGGUGAAGUUGUUGGUGCCCGUUUGAUUUCUCAUGCUGGGAGUCUUUCAAAUCUUGCAAAAUGCCCUUCGUCUACUCUUCAGAUACUUGGUGCUGAGAAGGCACUUUUCAGAGCAUUGAAAACUCGAGGAAAUACUCCGAAGUAUGGUCUCAUCUUCCACUCUUCAUUUAUUGGCCGGGCAUCUACUCGAAACAAAGGCCGUUUAGCUCGUUACCUUGCGAAUAAGUGUUCCAUUGCAUCCCGUAUCGAUUGUUUCUCUGAGAUGAAUACAUCUAUUUUUGGGGAAAAGCUGCGAGAACAGGUUGAAGAGAGAUUGGACUUCUAUGACAAGGGUAUUGCGCCUCGCAAGAAUGUUGAUGUGAUGAAAGGUGCUAUUGAGAGCAUUGGCUCACAAGAUGCUGAUGAUGGACAGAAGGAUGAAGCUUUUGCGAAGAAAAGCAAGAAAAAGAAAUCUAAAGGUGAUGCUGUGAAUGGCGAGCCCAUGGAUGAGGAUAAGCCAACUGAACUUGUUACUGAUGGAGAUGCUUCUGCUGAGCCUGAAACUGAAAAGAAAACGAAGAAAAAGAAACACAAGCUGGCACAAGAGCAACAGGAAGAUGGAAUGGCUACCGAAGCAGUGAAAGGGGCGAAUGGUCAUGAUACAGAAGAAAAUGGGACUGCCAAGAAGAAGAAGAAGAAGAAGGAUCAAGAAGAAUUAGAUGGCGAUGUCCAAAUGGAAACUGAAAAGAAGAAGAAAAAGAAGAAAAGGGCAAGAACUCAAGAUGAUGAGUAAUUAUGAUAUGAAACUAGUGUUGGUUUGUGUUUAUUCAUUAGCUAGUGAGUCCUGCCGAAGCUCAUAUUUUUGUCAAGUCAUAGUUUUUGCCCCUAUAAAUUAUUUUGAGCUCUUGAACUUGGUGAGCCUGCAGUAGAACACUCAUUCAAAUGUUAAUUUAUUUUGUAAUUUUUGGUCUACUUGUAGCUUAUAGUUCUCAACCCGAAAUUGUGCAUUUUCAA